AUGUCUGACGGAAAUGUCGCACCGCCAAAGGCUCCGGCUUCUGUCGUUCCUGAGGCACACGAGGUAGACACUUACCACGUGCCGAAAGCCUUCUUCGACAAGCACCCCGACAGCAAGCCUCAUUUGGAUGGCUUGGACCACUACAGAGAGCUCUGGAAGGAGUCAAUUGAGCAGCCAGACCAGUUCUGGGGCCGCAUGGCUCGCGACCUGCUCACUUGGGAACGAGACUUCCAGACUGUGCACAGUGGUUCCCUCGAGAAUGGCGACAAUGCUUGGUUCGUCGAGGGUCGCUUGAACGCAUCUUACAACUGCGUGGAUCGUCACGCCUUCAAGAAUCCCGACAAGACCGCCAUCAUCUACGAGGCUGACGAAGUCGGCGAGGGUCGCAAGAUCUCGUAUGGUGAGCUUUUGCGCGAGGUCUGCAGACUAGCCUAUACCCUCAAGCAGAUGGGUGUCAAGAAGGGCGACACUGUCGCCCUGUACAUGCCUAUGAUUCCCGAGGCUGUCAUUGCCUUCCUUGCUUGCUCCCGCAUUGGAGCCGUUCACUCGGUUGUCUUCGCUGGAUUCUCGUCCGACUCAUUGAAGGACCGCAUCAUUGAUGCAGACUCCAAGGUCGUCAUCACUACUGAUGAAGGCAGACGUGGUGGCAAGCUUAUCGGCACCAAGAAGAUCGUCGACGACGCUCUCAGCAAGUGCCCUGGCAUCAAGCACUGUCUGGUAUACAAGCGCACCGGCGCAGACGUGCCCAUGACCGAGGGUCGUGAUUUGUGGUGGCACGAGGAGGUCGAGAAGUACCCCAACUACAUUGCUCCCGAGUCCAUGAACUCCGAGGACCCUCUCUUCCUCCUCUACACAUCCGGCUCGACCGGUAAGCCCAAGGGUGUCAUGCACACCACUGGUGGAUACCUGCUGGGAGCAGCCGCUACCGGCAAGUACGUCUUUGACAUUCACGACAACGACACCUUCUUCUGCGGUGGUGACGUUGGUUGGAUCACCGGCCACACUUACGUUGUUUACGCGCCCUUGUUGCUCGGUGUUGCAACAGUUGUGUUCGAGGGUACUCCUGCAUACCCCGACUUCAGCAGAUACUGGGACGUGGUUGCCCAGCACAAGGUCACACAGUUCUACGUUGCUCCUACAGCUCUACGACUCCUCAAACGCGCCGGAGACCACUUCGUCAAGAAGAUGGAUCACUUGAGAGUUUUGGGUAGUGUUGGUGAGCCCAUUGCUGCAGAAGUGUGGAAGUGGUACUUCGAGAUUGUCGGAAAGGAGGAGGCCCACAUUGUUGACACGUACUGGCAAACGGAAACCGGAUCGCACGUUAUCACACCUCUAGGUGGUAUCACUCCUACCAAGCCCGGUAGCGCUUCCCUCCCCUUCUUCGGCAUCGAGCCCGCAAUCAUCGAUCCCGUCUCCGGCGAGGAGCUUCACGGCAACGACGUCGAGGGUGUUUUGGCCUUCAAGCAGGCAUGGCCCAGUAUGGCCCGUACCGUCUGGGGUGCGCACAAGAGAUACAUGGACACAUAUUUGAACGUAUACAAGGGAUACUACUUCACUGGUGACGGUGCCGCUCGCGAUCACGAGGGUUACUACUGGAUCCGUGGCCGUGUCGACGACGUCGUCAACGUUUCUGGUCACCGUCUAUCCACUGCUGAGAUUGAGGCUGCCUUGAUCGAGCACAACGCUGUCGCAGAAGCUGCCGUUGUUGGUGUUGCAGACGAGCUCACCGGCCAAGCAGUUGCCGCUUUCGUUGCCAUCAAGAACGGUAAUGACGCCAACGACGCUCUUCGCAAGGACUUGAUCAUGCAAGUAAGGAAGAGCAUUGGUCCUUUCGCUGCACCCAAGGCUAUUCACGUCGUUCCCGAUCUUCCCAAGACUCGUUCUGGUAAGAUCAUGCGUCGUAUCUUGCGUAAGAUUCUGGCGGGUGAAGAGGACCAGCUGGGUGAUAUCACUACUCUCUCGGAUCCUUCUGUCGUCGACAAGAUCAUCGAGGUUGUGCAUGCCAGCAAGAAGUAA